AUGGCGCCCCGUCCCGGCAAUGCGGGGCCGACAACGGCUCCGGCCGUGGUCAAAUUUAACCUCAGCGCCACCGGAGCUCCGCGUCGACUUGGAGGGGACUUCCUCUGCGGAGGAAGACCCACCGACUCUUUCAAAAUCUUCGAUGGGAUGACAGAUGUUGAGAUGAGAGCGGAAGCGAUUCGAAACUACGAUGAUCAUGAGAGAGAACGCAUCAAUAAGUUCAAUAAGGAGUACGUUAGAGCCAACGCACGUCGGGCCAUCGAGAAAUGGUCACGAGAAGGGUCUCGCCCGCAGCCUACCAUCGACAUAGAAGACAGUGCGCUUCACAUCGCCAAAAUGCACCUUGCAUCUUCGUGCGUUCGUUCGGAAGCUGAGCGAAUGGUUAAAGUUGCCGAGGAAAUCGAGGCCAGUCCCCCAGCGAACGGUCCAGUCUUCCCAUAA